AUGGAUUUGAAUAAGACAUUAUCGACUCCGGCUUUGAAGAGUUCGAAGGAAAUUGAACUCAACGAGGAGUGGAACAACUUCAUGAAGAGAAUCGGCGAAGUGAGCAACUUAGUGAGGGACAUCGCGAGCGGUGACAAAGAAAAAUCUGACGCAGCCUCGGCGCUAGCGGAACAGUACUUGGAAGGGAAAAUUAUUACAGAUGAAAACGCAGAAAUGAAGAUCAAAGAGGACAGAACUGUUAUUAACCGAAAGGCGUUGGAAAAUAUUGGCCACAAUGAAUCAGGCGAGAUGUGCAGGGAGGCUUGGAUGGCUGAGGUGAGCAAGGAUGCCGAGAGACGUUUCCAGGAUCGGAAAGUGCGCCGCGAGAGGAUGGAGACCCUCAAGACACAGGCCACAAAGGCGUUCAGACGCGGUGAAUACGAGAAGGCCCUCUCCUGCUACAACCGCGCGAUAGAACUGGUCAAGGACAAUCCAAUGUUGUACUGCGACCGCGCCCUCACCAACAUCAAGCUAAAGAGAUUUGAAAAGGUGUUCCAUGACUGCGACUGGGCGUUACGUAUAAACGAAAAGAGUUUUAAGGCGCGCCUGUACAAAGCCAAAGCUUACAAGGAGCUGGGGGAAACUGAGAAAUAUGAAGAAUGCCAGCGAGAGUUGGACGAAAUGUUCCCGCAACAUCGAGAGCUAUCUAGUUAUUUUCUUAACAAAAGUGAAGAUCUUGAAGAU